ACAUGAGCUCUGCAUUUCACGUAUAUAAAUAUACAUGAUAUAUAAAUUAUAUCUCAGUUUUAAAAAAUGAUCUCACAACUGUAUAGUCAUACCUCCUAAUUCUGGCACAUUUACCACUAAGGAUGGGGAUACCUGCCCCAGGCACCCCGAGAUUCAUGGUACCGCCCCUGCUGUGCUGUGUCACUGGAGCAGAGCUUCUCAGCCAGGAGCUAUUCUAAUGGGAACAGUUGCCAGAGGCUCAUUGUGUAUCUAGGCCCAUAAACAUUGCAUGUGGAAAAUUCUGCUUGGAGCUGAGAAGCUUUAGGGGCCAUCAGGCCGGCCCCCUGCAGCCCCUUCAGGCUUGAUUUCGUUCCAGCGAACCGAAAUUCGGGCUCACUCAGCGGAGAGGGGAAGAGCACUGGCCAAAGCCAGCCCCAGGUUCUGUGUCCUUUACUACUUACAGGCUGGUGGAACUGAGGCAGUUUAACCAGCCUCUGAGCGCCAGUUGUGUCCUCUUCAGACAGGAGUAGUAAUCUGAUUCCGCCUACUUCCUCAGGCUGCUGGGAGGGCUCAGCAAAACCGGUGGAAGCACUUUGAAAACCAUCUCUCCAUUGCCAUGUCCUGAAAAUGCUGGUAUUUUCGACAGUUGACUUCUGGAGCAGCCCGCCCCGAUCAGGACACUGGUCAUGGAAGCUUCCCUCUUUCUGAGACUCAUGGGUGUGUGGGGGAAGGAACUGUGACCCCUUUCACCAAAGGAGUGUGUGCUUCCCAGGCUGUGAGAACUGACAUCUGUGCCUGGGCCUAGCAGUUGACAGCAUAAGUGAAUAACAGUUAGCAGCAGCUAGCAUGUUCCGGGAGGGCCGGGCGGUCUUCGUUAGCGAAGCAUGAACUGCGGAGAGAGGCUGAGCCCGGUGGAUGCAGGAGGAAGGUUUCUUUCGUUAAGCGAGAGAGAGGCCUGUCCUGAGCCUGUAGGUGAGGAAUGUAAAUAUACGUGGAAAUAACCCAUCAAUCGAGUGACUUCCCUUCAUCAGACCUUGGAGAGAAAAUGCUUUAAUUACUGCUUGGAGCACCACUAAGCUGGCAGUUGCCUAGGAUACCGGUCACAUGGGCCCAUCUUCCAGACCUGUUCAAAAUGAUUUGUUUCCCUUCAUUUUGGAGACACAUGGGGGAGGGGGGUCAGAGGUACUUCCGGAGCCUCGUCCUCCUAGAGACGGGCCCUCGUGUGAGGCUGUCCUCACCGCCCCACGCUUGGGCUCUCAGCAGCCCUUGCCCUUGGCAGGAGGGACUAAAAUAGCAUUUCCUGUCCCAGUUCUCUUCCCCGUUUUCUGAACUCUGCGUCAUCCCACACAGAGGAGGCUCCACACUGUGUCCUUUGAGGGGGAAGGAGUGGCAGCAGAAACUGGAGAGGAGGCGAGAGAGUGUGUGGCCGGGCCGGGCCGACACCAGGGGUCUUCCUAGGAUGGCUGCAGACGAAAGGGCUGGCUCCGCUCAGCUAAGCACUCGACCGAGAACAGGCUCUGCCUAUUCUUGUCUGUCUCAGAGGCUAUGCUUCUCCCUCUCAAGGUCCCAAGGCCGGCAUUUUGCAGUAAAUUCAUCCUUCUACCACACAGUCCUCCUGACCCUUAGACCGAAGUGUCACAUCGGCAGAUCUUGCUACCGGCUGAUCCGCAGUUGAUGGAUAGGCUUUGUCCCGUUUCUACUUGCUGAUUUAAUGUAAAGAGACAGAAAGCCCAAGGAGAGGUUACGGUGUGAUAUAGAAAAAUUCCAACCAAGUAGUUCGGCGGCUGUGUUUGUGUGUGUUUCUUGGAGAAACAGGGCCCAUUGGGAACAAUGCCACCACCAUCAGACAUUGUCAAAGUAGCCAUCGAAUGGCCAGGUGCUAAUGCUCAGCUCCUUGAAAUCGACCAGAAACGGCCUCUGGCAUCCAUCAUCAAGGAAGUUUGUGACGGGUGGUCCUUGCCAAACCCGGAGUAUUACACCCUCCGUUAUGCAGACGGCCCCCAGCUCUACAUCACGGAGCAGACGCGCAGUGAUAUUAAGAAUGGGACCAUCUUACAGCUGGCUAUCUCCCCGUCCCGGGCUGCACGCCAGCUGAUGGAGAGGACCCAGUCGUCCAACAUGGAGGCCCGGCUGGAUGCCAUGAAGGAGCUGGCCAAGCUCUCUGCCGACGUGACCUUCGCCACCGAGUUCAUCAACAUGGACGGCAUCGUGGUGCUGACGCGGCUUGUGGAGAGUGGAACCAAGCUCUUGUCCCACUACAGUGAGAUGCUGGCAUUCACCUUGACCGCCUUCUUAGAGCUCAUGGACCAUGGCAUUGUCUCCUGGGACAUGGUUUCCAUCACCUUCAUCAAGCAGAUUGCAGGGUACGUGAGCCAGCCCAUGGUGGACGUGUCAAUCCUUCAGAGGUCCCUGGCCAUCCUGGAGAGCAUGGUCUUGAACAGCCAGAGCCUGUACCAGAAGAUAGCAGAGGAAAUCACCGUGGGACAGCUCAUCUCUCACCUCCAGGUCUCCAACCAGGAGAUUCAGACCUACGCCAUUGCACUGAUUAACGCGCUUUUCCUGAAGGCUCCUGAGGACAAACGACAGGAUAUGGCCAACGCGUUUGCACAGAAGCACCUUCGCUCCAUAAUCCUGAAUCAUGUGAUCCGAGGGAACCGCCCAAUCAAAACUGAGAUGGCCCAUCAGCUGUAUGUCCUCCAAGUCCUGACCUUUAACCUUCUGGAAGAAAGGAUGAUGACCAAGAUGGACCCCAAUGACCAGGCUCAAAGAGACAUUAUAUUUGAACUGAGGAGGAUCGCAUUUGAUGCAGAGUCUGACCCUAGCAACGUCCCCGGGAGUGGGACUGAAAAACGCAAAGCCAUGUACACCAAGGACUACAAAAUGCUGGGGUUUACAAACCACAUCAACCCAGCGAUGGACUUUACCCAGACUCCUCCUGGAAUGCUGGCCUUGGACAACAUGCUGUACUUGGCUAAAGUCCAUCAGGACACCUACAUCCGGAUCGUCUUGGAGAACAGCAGCCGAGAGGAUAAACACGAGUGCCCCUUCGGCCGCAGCGCCAUCGAGCUCACCAAGAUGCUCUGUGAGAUCCUGCAGGUUGGGGAACUGCCAAACGAGGGCCGCAACGACUACCACCCGAUGUUCUUUACCCAUGACCGGGCGUUUGAGGAGCUCUUUGGGAUCUGCAUCCAGCUGUUGAACAAGACCUGGAAGGAGAUGAGGGCGACAGCCGAGGACUUCAACAAGGUCAUGCAGGUGGUUCGAGAGCAGAUCACUCGAGCUUUGCCCUCCAAACCCAGCUCCUUGGAUCAGUUCAAGAGCAAACUGCGUAGCCUGAGCUACUCUGAGAUCCUGCGGCUGCGCCAGUCCGAGCGGAUGAGUCAGGACGACUUCCAGUCCCCGCCGAUCGUGGAGCUGAGGGAGAAGAUCCAGCCCGAGAUCCUUGAGCUGAUCAAGCAGCAGCGCCUGAACCGUCUCUGUGAGGGCAGCAGCUUCCGGAAGAUUGGGAACCGCCGAAGGCAAGAACGUUUCUGGUACUGCCGCUUGGCCCUGAACCACAAGGUCCUGCACUAUGGUGACUUGGACGACAACCCUCAAGGGGAGGUGACGUUUGAGUCCCUGCAGGAGAAAAUUCCUGUUGCAGACAUUAAGGCCAUUGUCACCGGGAAAGAUUGCCCACACAUGAAAGAGAAGAGCGCUCUGAAGCAGAACAAGGAGGUGUUGGAGUUGGCCUUCUCCAUCCUGUAUGACCCCGAUGAGACCUUAAACUUCAUCGCACCUAACAAGUAUGAGUACUGCAUCUGGAUCGAUGGCCUCAGUGCCCUUCUGGGGAAGGACAUGUCCAGUGAGCUGACCAAGAGUGACCUGGACACCUUGCUGAGCAUGGAAAUGAAGCUACGGCUCCUGGACCUGGAGAACAUCCAGAUUCCCGAAGCCCCACCACCAGUGCCCAAGGAGCCCAGCAGCUAUGACUUUGUCUAUCACUACGGCUGAGCCCGGAGCCAGACUCCGUGUACCCAGGAAGGGAUUUUGGGCCCAGGAGAAACACCUACAGUCUGGUGCCUUGUCUUUUGCUUGUACAGAAUCUGUAGUGACCGUGGUGGCCAGUAAACGCCAGCCAUUCCUCAAACUCACCUCGGACCAUCCAGAGCUUCCUCUGGGUCCCUGCCCACUCUAAGUCAUGAGGGCGGGGGUGCUCUGCCCCCCCUGUCACCAUGGAGCCUGGGAUCAGAGCGUGAGGCAUGAACAGCAGACGCUCUUGCCUUCCCGGUCGGGGACUGCUUGCGCUGGAGUUAACGAGAGUCACUCACUCACCUUUUCUUCCUGAGCCUGCUCUCCAGUUGGCUGGAUCCCCUUGUGGGCAACAGCUGGCCCGGGAAAGGCUGCCCCGCAGAAGACAGAAGUUCUGGGCGUGUCGAGAGCCUCAGAGAGACUGCCUGUGGGUGACCCGUGCCUGUGUCUCCGAUCCAAGUGGAGGCCUCGUCCUUUGCUUGGUAGAUGCCUUGCCCUUGCUCUCGUCGCCUUCGUGAGGGCUCACUCCGGCCUCAUUCAGUGCCAACGAGCUGCUGCUACUGAGGCUCGGCUCUAACAUCUCUGGUCUCCGGAGCCACCAGAUCUCUCUUGCCCACACAGCUGUCUGGGCAGAGGGAAAGUUCUCCCUACAAGCUCUCGGUGUCUCAUCCUGGCAAGUCAAAGACGUGCGAGCUAAGUCCUGUCCUCUAGUCUCAAAGAACUCUGCAGGGAGAGCCCAGAUGAGGCCUGGGCUGAGGCUGGUGAGGCCACUAGAGUCCACUCCCGCCACCCCCCCCCCCGCCCCCCAAUUUUCAUUUUUUCCUUCCUCGGAGAGAGAUCUCCCACCUAACCUGGAUUGCGGCCCUCCACUUGGCUUUCCUUUGGCCUCCCCGACCUCAGGAAGUUUGGCCUUCCCUUCCCCCUGCUCCCAGUGUUGUGGUUUCUGCCAUUGGCCAUGAUUUCAGGGAGCUGGCUGAGGCCACAGCUGUGCCAAUGGGGCUUCCCUGGUGCUGCGGCACCUAUAAACCACGUGCCCAGCCUCUCCCCUUGGACACGUGAACACGGUGGCAUUCAGCAUUGGUAGCCUGGCAUGAUAGGUACUGCCCCAUGAAGAGUGUACUAUAUAUUUUCUUUACUAUAGGCCAUACUUAUACAGACGUGUAUAUAUAUUUAUAUAAGAUCUCCCUAUCCUAGGAUGCAAUGUUGGAGGGAAAAUAAAAUUGGAGGCUCCCCCUAAAAAAAAAAAAAAAACAAAAACCACUUCCCGUUGUGAGUCAAGAGAGUGACCCGAGAGCAGCCAGGAGCUUCCUGUCGGUAACCAUGUUUUCAAUAAAUACUCUUUCAUGUACAAA